CCCAUCUUUCCUUCAUUACCUAUUUACAUUACGGUGAAUAAUAUUUUUCACAUAUACCAAUACCACCACCGUUAGGUUACUCCUCCUAUUUCUCUCUCUCUCUCUCUUCACUCUGAGGCCAGGGGGGGUUUCCAAUUCUAUAUAUGUGCAUGGUGUCUUAGGCAGAACUCCAUUUAGCAAUCAAAGCAGAGAGGGUAAAGAAAAAGGAAAACCCAGAAAAGAGAGUGAGAGGAAACAAACACAGAAACAGAAACACAUUCUAGUUAUAACCAAGUCAAGUAGAGGUGGCAAUUCUUCUCUCUCUUUCUGUUUCCGUGUAAGUGUAGGUAGAGAGAGAGUUGUGGUAGCUGCUGCCAUGCCAUAGACACAGAGAGAGAGAGAGAGCUUUUACCAUUUAGAUUGGUUUCUUUCUGGGUUGUGUUGGUUUUUUGUGGGUUUGUUGAGGUCUGGCUGUUUGGGUUAUUUUGAGCAAAGAUCAGCUACCCACCUGAGAAAAAAAAUACAGCAAAAACAAGCCAUCCAUCAUAUAUAUAUAUAUACAGUCUUUAAUUAAGUCCUAGAAUACAAAUACAAGUGUUGCGGAGGGGGAAAAGAAAAGAAGAGAAGAGAAGAGAAGAGAAAAGCAAAGCAAAGCAAAAAAAUGGGUCGGGGGAGAGUGCAGCUGAAAAGGAUAGAGAACAAGAUCAACAGGCAGGUGACUUUCUCAAAGAGGAGAGCCGGUCUGCUGAAGAAAGCCCACGAGAUCUCUGUUCUCUGCGAUGCUGAAGUCGCCCUCAUCGUCUUCUCCCACAAAGGGAAGCUCUUCGAAUACGCCACCGACUCCUGCAUGGAGAAGAUACUUGAGCGGUAUGAGAGGUAUUCAUAUGCUGAGAGGCAGCUUGUAGCUUCUGAACUUGACACCCAGAAUUUGCAGGGGAACUGGGUUGUGGAGUACAACCGGCUGAAGGCCAAAAUUGAACUUCUGGAAAGGAACCACAGGCACUAUAUGGGGGAGGAGCUGGACACCAUGAGCACCAAAGAGUUACAUAACUUGGAGCAGCAGCUUGAUUCUGCUCUCAAAAACGUUCGCUCCAGAAGAAACCAACUGAUGCAAGAGUCCAUCUCUACCCUUCAGAGAAAGGAGAAGGCAAUCCAAGAGCAAAACAAUGUUCUAGCCAAGCAGAUCAAGGAGAAGGAGAAGGUGGUGGGCGUGGCAGAACAUCAACAUCAGCAGCAGCAUCAGCAGCAGGCAUUCUGGACACACCAAAACCAGCAUGCUCCAAGCCCUUCACAUUUCCUUCUCCCGCAGCACGCACCACCACUCCCUUGCCUAAGCGUUGGUGGGACUAGUUACCAUGAAGAUCAUCACCACCACCAUCAUCAGGGUUCGGAAGGCAGGACGAGCAGGAAUGACCUUGACCUCACUCUGGAACCCAUUUACUCCUGCAACCUUGGCUGCUUUGCUGCCUGAGAAUUAAGAUUUCGGCCCGGGGAACAUCAAAGGAGGAGUUCAGUAUCAGGCUUUCAGCCAUGCACUCUUAUUAUAUAUGCACUGGCUAGCCAAGGCUGCUACUUUUGGUUGGCUUAUUUAGCUCUUUAAUUGUAUGUUUUGGGCACUAAACCAUGAAUGUUGAACUUGUUUUUAUGCAUUAUAUGUAGUUUAUAAGCAUCUUGGAGAGGUGAAAGGGAACUUGGGGAAGGAACCGGAUUUUGAUUUAUUGCUCAUGUUUGAUCUUCUUUUGGAGAUUAUGCUGGUGUAUGUGUAUAUUAUGAAUUUAGAGCCAAUUCCUGUUUCAUCUUCUUUUGGAGAUUCUGCUGAUGUUUCACUUCAGAUUCUGGAUAAUUAGGAUUAAUUCAUCAAUACUUUUAUGGUUGAUGAAGUGAAACUGGG